GCUCGCUCAUAAUGGAAACCGUCACCCAAUCCCUCGUCACUCUGCUCGGCGAGCACUGCUUCGAUGAGCUUGUCGUCAAGCAAAACAUUGCCAACUUCGACUGCCUGUCCCACCUGCUCGCCAAGAUGCUCGGCUACGUCAUCAUCCUCGGCGCUGUCUUUGUCAAGAUCCCGCAAAUCCUCAAGAUUGUCAAGGCUGGCAACGCCGAGGGCAUCAGCAUGAUCUCCAACGUUCUUGAGCUCGCUGGUUACAUUACCACCUUCGGCUACAACGCUGUGCUCAACUAUCCCUUCAGCACCUGGGGCGAGUACCUCUUCUUGACCAUCCAGUCGUUCGUUCUCCUGCUGCUCCUCGUUCACUUCUCGAAGGCCUACGUCCUUGGCGGCCUGGCCAUCCUGUUCGAAGUUGCGCUUGCCUACUCGAUCUUCUCUGGCCUUGUUUCUGGCGAUCACCUCAAGUUCAUGCUGCUGGCGACCAUUCCCGUUUUCGCUGUUAGCAAGAUUCCCCAGAUCCUCACCAACUUCCGCAACGGUCACACGGGCCAGCUGUCGGCUGUCACUCUGUCCAUGAAUCUCGGUGGUUCGCUUGGACGCGUCUUUACUACUCUCAAGCAGGUCAGCGACCCCAUCGUCCUUGCCAGCUCGUUCUUCAACAGUGUCCUUGUUUUGCAGCUUGCGCUCUACUGGGGCAAGAAGCCUGCCGCCGCCGCCGCCGCCAAAUCUACCGAGACGAAGAAGAACAAAUAACGCUGCUCGCUGCGCUUUCGGUGUUCACCCCCUUGAUGAUUGCUCAAAGUUGAGAAACAUGAAAACACGAUUAUGGUGAAAGUGACAAAAUUGCAUAUCCUUGCACGUACACAUGGACAAUUGCUCACAACACAGACGAAACGACAAGUAAC